CUUAUCCGCUUUUCCACUCGAGCGACCUGCUGCUGGCAACUCUUCAGCUCAGCAGGCAUGGCGCCGCCCGCCGUCGCCGCCGCAACGGCGUUCCCGUUCCGCCUCUUCUCCGCGGAGGCCCGCCGGAACGCCAGGGGCGCGCGGGGGGGCAAGCGGAGCGCCGCGAGGCCGCUCAAGUCCUCGCCCCCGCCUCGCCCUCCCUCCUCUUCUUCCUCCUCCUCCGUCAGCGGCGGCGGCGUCGCGGCGACAACGUUCACCCGGCUCCCGCUCCGCGACGCGCCGGAGUCAGCGGAGGUCACGCUCGACCGGUUCCCCACCGCCCCGGCCAACCCGGAGGCGCCAGCACCCGCUCCCACACGCGGGAACGGUGUCCAGCGGCUGGAGGACGAGGAGGAGUUCGAGGUGGGGUUGGGGGCCACCUCGUUCGCGCAGAUUCCGCUGCGGGACUCGCCGGACGGUGUGGAGCUCACCAUUGGCCAGUUCGACGCCCGCGUGGCCGGUGGGAAGAGCGCGGGAGGCCGCGGGUUCGCGCGGCAAAUGGUCGAACACCUUGAAGACGACGGUGACGAGGAGUUCGUCGUCAACAGCCGAGACGUAUUUGAGGUCAAAAGGGGGCGGAAUGCUCGGGCUGUUGUACCCGAGGUGCUCGACGACGACGAUGACGUCGUGGUGUUCGACCCGGACUACGGCGUCGACAGCGACGACGAGGAGGAAUUCCACAUGUUCCCGAUCAAGCAAAGUCACGAAGCUGGUGCCACUCCACGCACGGAGCUGGGAGAGCUAGAGUACGACGAGGAAGAAGACGACGACGACGAUGAGAUUGUAGUGUUCCACCCAGACUACGACGACGAGGACGAGGACGAGGACGAGGAGGCCUUUGAGGAGGACGACGACUACGAGGAAGGGGACGGGGAGGCGAAGGAGAAGGGCGUGCCCGCCGUGAUGCGUUGCUUCGACACGGCCAAGAUAUUCGCCAAAGCCGGGGACGGCGGCAACGGCGUGGUGGCUUUCCGCCGCGAGAAGUACGUGCCGUACGGGGGCCCCUCGGGCGGCGACGGCGGCCGCGGGGGCGACGUGUACGUGCAGGUGGACGGGGAGAUGAACUCGCUGCUGCCGUUCCGCAAGUCCGUGCACUUCCGCGCCGGCCGCGGCGCGCACGGCAUGGGCCAGCAGCAGGCUGGCGCCAAGGGCGAGGACGUCGUGAUCAAGGUCCCGCCGGGGACGGUGGUGCGGUCGUCGGACGAUGGCGUGGAGCUGCUCGAGCUGAUGAAGCCUGGGCAGCGCGCGCUGCUGCUUCCAGGUGGGCGCGGCGGCCGCGGCAAUACGGCGUUCAAGUCCGGCACAAACAAGGUGCCCAGGAUCGCAGAGAAGGGGGAGAAGGGCCCAGAAAUGUGGCUAGCUUUGGAGCUAAAGUUGGUUGCUGAUGUGGGGAUUGUAGGUGCUCCAAAUGCUGGAAAGAGCACUCUCUUGAGUGUUAUUAGUGCUGCCAAACCAACUAUAGCCAAUUAUCCUUUCACAACAUUACUGCCAAAUCUUGGAGUUGUCUCGUUAGAUUUUGAUGCUACAAUGGUUGUUGCAGACCUUCCUGGUCUGCUGGAAGGCGCUCAUCGUGGAUAUGGUUUGGGUUAUGAGUUCCUAAGACAUAGUGAGAGAUGUUCGGUCUUGGUGCAUGUUGUUGAUGGUUCUGCCCAACAGCCAGAUUAUGAGUUUGAGGCAGUUCGCUUGGAACUGGAGUUAUUUAGCCCAUCUUUGGUUGACAAACCCUAUGUGGUAGUGUACAAUAAGAUGGACCUUCCAGAGGCAUCCGAUAGAUGGAAUACAUUUAGAGAAAAGCUACAGGCUCAAGGCAUUGAACCUUAUUGCAUUAGUGCAAUAAACAGGCAAGGCACACAUGAUGUUAUUCAUGCUGCUUACAAGCUUCUACAGAAAGAGAGGCAAAGGAUAAAGGAAACUGAAGAAUGGAGUGGGACAGAAAAUUUGAACCACGUGUCGGAUGCAAUUAAAAGGGAAAGGCGUGCUCCCAUGAAUGAGUUUGAGAUUUUUCAUGAUAAGGGUACAAGUACGUGGACUGUUGUUGGAGCUGGAAUUGAGCGUUUUGUUCAGAUGACCAACUGGCAGUACUCAGAUUCCUUGAAAAGAUUUCAGCAUGCCCUAGAGGCAUGUGGUGUCAACAAAACUCUCAUCAAACGUGGAGUCAAAGAGGGAGACACGGUGAUAAUUGGCGAGAUGGAAAUGGUUUGGAACGAUGAAGCUAAAAGUAACCGUCCAUCAAAGACGAUGAACACAAAAGAUGAUGCUGUCCGGUGGCCCGAAUUUGGCUAGAGCAAGAGUUAUUCAGCUUCUUCUUAGAUGUAGAGCAAGAUGCUAGUGGUCGGCGUGCACAUCUUUCGUGCAGUUUGCACGCAAUGGGCACGAUUGGCGUUCAGAUCAGUGAGCCCACUAUACUGCUUCCACUUUCCAGAUGAUCUGAACGCGCGCUGGAGAGACGCGUCGAUUGGAGUCCGAUGGUUGGAAGUUGGAACAAGUUGCCAAGGAAGAGCGACGCUGGGCGCUGAAGUUUUCUCACGGUUUUCCACAGAACGCAAGAGUAGAUUAUACAGAUGUGAUGUUUGCUGAGAAAUGUAACUUAUUUUGUAAGAAAAGAAGGUAAAUGUCUUCUUGUGCAGUGUAUGUACGCAAUCGAACUGUUUUAGUCAAGAAAGAGUUUUAGAUUUCCCCU